AUGCUAUACAUGCUGCUUAGAGCCCUAGGUCCAGCCCUAGGUCCAGCCCCAGCCCUAGCCCCAGUCCUAGCUCCAGCCCUAGCUCCAGCCCUAAGUCCAGCCCCAGACCUAGCCCCAGCACCCAGCCCUAGCACCAGCCCAAGCUCUAGCCCCAGCUCCAGCCCUAGCUCCAGCCCUAGCACCAGCCCUAGCUCCAGCCCUAAGUCCAGCCCUAGCUCCAGCCCCAGACCUAGCCCCAGCCCCAGCCCUAGCACCAGUCCAAGCUCCAGCCCUAGCCCCAGCUCCAGCCCUAGCUCCAGCCCUAGCACCAGCCCUAGCUCCAGCCCUAGCCCCAUCCCUAGCCCCAGUCCCAGCCCUAGCACCAGCCCUAGCUCCAGCCCUAGCCCUAGCCCCAGCUCCAGCCCUAGCUCCAGCCCUAGCACCAGCCCUAGCACCAGCCCUAGCUCCAGCCCUAGCUCCAGCCCUAAGUCCAGCCCCAGACCUAGCCCCAGCCCCAGCCCCAGCCCUAGCACCAGCCCAAGCUCUAUCCCUAGCCCCAGCUCCAGCCCUAGCUCCAGCCCUAGCACCAGCCCUAGCUCCAGCCCUAGCUCCAGCCCUAAGUCCAGCCCUAGCUUCAGCCCCAGACCUAGCCCCAGCCCCAGCCCUAGCACCAGCCCAAGCUCCAGCCCUAGCCCCAGCUCCAGCCCUAGCUCCAGCCCUAGCACCAGCCCUAGCUCCAGCCCUAGCCCCAGCCCUAGCCCCAGUCCCAGCCCUAGCACCAGCCCUAGCUCCAGCCCUAGGCCCAGCUCCAGCCCUAGCACCAGCCCUAGAUCCAGCCCCAGCCAUAGCCCCAGCCCUAGCACCAGCCCAAGAAGAGCCCUAGCCCCAGCCCUAGCUCCAGCCCUAGCACCAGCCCUAGUCCCAGCCCUAGCACCAGCCCUAGCUCCAGCCCUAGACCCAGCUCCAGCCCUAGCUCCAGCCCUAGCACCAGCCCUAGCACCAGCCCUAGCUCCAGCCCCAUCCCUAGCCCCAGCCCUAGCACGAGCCCUAGCUCCAUCCCUAGCCCCAGCUCCAGCCAAAGCCCCAGCCCUAGCUCCAGCCCUAGCCCCUAGCACCAGCCCUAGCCCCAGCUCCAGCCAAAGCCCUAGCCCCUAG